GCCCCUGAGAAGCCAGUUUCUAAAUCAUUCAAGGAGGUUUAGGAACAGUGAAGUCAGAAAUUGUAGGAGGUGGGGCUUCUCAGUGGGGAGGGGCGGGUCAGAGGUGACCCUUCUGAGUGUUCUUGGUAAUCUGGGGCCUCCCGAUCCCUGUACCCUUGAAAUGGCAUCCAUCUAACUUUGGGAGAUAAAUCUCAGCUUGGAGUGUGCAUGAGAAUCACCCAGCAUGCUGAGAAAAUACAGGUGUCUUGGCUUCCACGUAGAGCUUGGGAGUUUCCCACGAAGGUGGGCUAUGCUUCUAGAAAGACAGAUGCAGCCACGAGGGGUGGAGCUGUCAGAGUCUGUGUGCCAGCCGGGAGCAGAAAUCAAUGCGUGGAGCUGGUGCCUGGGAUCCAGACAACAAGGGAGGACAGGCUCCGUCCCCAGGCAAGGACUCAGCCUUGGGGGAAAUGGAGCUGGAUUGAUCCAGAAGGCCCCGCUUCAGUUCUUCAACCCUGAAGGAGUCCCUCCCCGGAAGGGCUGGGCCAGGCCCCACUUGCUUCCCAACAAGAAGAGCCCUCCUGUGCACCAACCCGCCCAAGACUGCGACCCAGCUCUCUGCCUCAGUUUCUCCCACAGCUGGGGUGGGAUGCCGGGUCUGCCGUGUGUCUCCUUGGAACUCUGGGAAGGAAAAAAUUACAUCUGGAAAUUAGACAGAAGCUGGGCCCUCCUUUGCAGCCCGCUCACCGCAGCCCUUAAGCCAAGAUGUUGCCAAGCGCGCUUCUUGCCAGGAUGGAGACUGUGCCUGGGGACUGGGGGAGGGGACUGGGACCCUUUGGGCCAGCAGCUGCCAGAGGUCCUGGAGCCCCUUGGCUGCCCUUUGAAGAGCCUAAAACUUCCCUGGAGAGAAAGGACCAGCUCUGCUGGGUGGUAGAAGAUGUGGGGGAGGGGGCCGGAUCUGUCCCCCUCAGGGGCCCUCAGGCAGCACAAUAGCCCCAGGCCGCCACUCUCUGGCUUAAGUGGUUGCCUGGGCAACA